AUGACAAAAGCGAUGGAAGCUAAAACAAGUAUAAACAAAGUAAAAUCUGAGGUCAGUAACUCUUCCAAUACAACAGGAUCCGAAGAAGAGAAUCGAUCGCACCGAGGGAGUUUUGACGGUGAAUCUAGUUCCAGUGAAAGCAAAAGCAAACUGAACCUUGAAUUUUCUGCAGAUAUUGAGCCAUUGAAGUUCAGAAUGACAAAGACAAACAAUACCAACAGCAAAAUCAAUCAUGGUAGUAAUGACAGUAAUGUCACAGAUUCAUUUAUGAGACUAAAAGAACACUUACAAAGGGGCAACACUCUAACUUCGAACCUGAGAGUUAAUGAAUUUUAUCCCUUCAAUUCCAUUGAUACCGAACAAUUUGAAAACUAUUUAAGGGAACCAAAGUACAUCAAAAUGUUGAAACGGCGGAAAAACCUAAAGCAGUUCAGAAGAUUAUUUCUUGCUCAAGAACUAAUGGCAUACGAAGGUGAUACAAUCACAUCAGCUUCCAAGUCAUCUGAACCCACCUCUAAAGCCAUAUGGAGUACAAAGUUCAGCUGCGAUGGAAAGUUCAUGGCUACCGGCAGUAAAGAUGGUAGAAUAAGAAUAUGGAAAGUAAUUGGCUCCCCCGUAGAAAGAGCCGAAUUGGACUCCAGUGCAGAAUCGAAUAAAGAAGCACGCGCUAAGUCGAUGCGUAUCAAGCAACAGGUCAAUUCAUUAAACAAUCCGAAAGAGAAACAAUAUUUGGACGUUGCUACAGAGAAAUAUGAGGAGAAAGAAAAACUAUUGAACUUGUAUGCACCUGUGUUCCAUCCAACGCCCUUGCGACUCUACAAAGAACAUGUACAAGAUGUUUUGGAUAUAAAUUGGUCAAAGAAUAAUUUUAUUCUGUCAGCUUCGAUGGAUAAGACGGUCAAGUUAUGGCAUCCUGAUAGGAAAAAUUCUCUGAAGACCUUUGUCCAUCCCGAUUUUGUUACCUGUGUGGAAUUUCAUCCCACAGACGACAGAUUUUUUAUUAGCGGUUGUCUGGAUCACAAAUGCAGAUUAUGGUCCAUCUUGGAUGAUGAAGUCAGUUUCGAAUACGAUUGUCAAGAUUUAAUCACAUCUGUUACCUUAUCUCCUGAUGAAGGGAAGUACACAAUAAUAGGAACUUUUAAUGGAUAUGUUCAUAUCCUGAUGACUCGGGGUCUUACUCCAGUUUCUUCAUUUCAUGUAGCCGAUAGACAAACACAAGAACAAAACGCGCAUGUUAUGGUCACAGAAACUGAUUCAAAAAUUCGUCAUGGUCCGCGUGUUACUGGUUUGCAAGCUUUUAGAUCUCAGAUAGAUAAUUCGUUCCGUUUAGUGGUUACAUCGAAUGAUUCCAGGAUAAGAAUUUUCGACUUGGAACAAAGAAAGCUUUUGGAAGUAUUGAAGGGAUUCCACAGUGGAUCCUCCCAACACAAGGCACAGUUGUCUAUCUGGCAUGGUCAACCAAUCGUCGUUAAUAGUAGCGACGAUCAUUGGAUUUACGGCUGGAGGUUGAAAUCCUCAGAUAGGGAAAACGACCAAGAAGAAGUCAAGAGAAAACCUAAGGGAUUGGCUCGGUCAGGAAGUCUGAGAAGCAUAUUCAGUAAAUCUAUGAGUAGAUCGUCCAGCCAGAACACUGAAGAAAAGCCACAUCAUCACUUGAAACUUAGUAAUCUACUUUCCUUGCCUCAUCAUAGCAAUGACCAUUUUAUCAAAAAUACAGAUUACAUUUCUUUUCAUGCACAUAAUGCCCCAGUCACGUGUGUUAGCAUUGCACCCCCGGAAACUUCCAAAACAUUGUCCUUAUCUAAUGAUGUCAUUUGCGAGCUAUCUCUAGAAUUCUUUCAGACUUCGGAUAGUUUCGAUGUUUUAAGUCGCAGUAAUGACGAUGGCAUAAUGUCGGAUGUAGAAUCGUCUUUAGGCUACAACUCUAAACCAAAUUCAAUUUCUAAUACCUCUGCUGCUAGCACUAUUCCUGACGUCGUUGACGCUAUUGGAACGAUAUUGAUCAGUACUGAUAACGUAGGUAACAUUCGUGUAUUCAGAGCAGACAUGCCUUCAGUUAUAAGAAAGCGCGUAUUACUCAAGCUGCAAGAAUAUAAUAGGGAGGUUCGGAGAAGAUUCAACAGCUCUGAUUCCUUGCAUUCUUUGGGCAGAAGCUUCAAUUCAAGGGGGAAAUCAAACGCAGCUGGUCAACCGACGACAACAACUUAUAAUAAUACCGCGAAAAGCUAUGUAACAGGCCGUGGAUACUCUAAUAUAUGUCCUAAAAGUAGCACAUCAUUAAAGACACUCGGUAGUAAUGCACAACCAAAAACACCAAGAGAAAGCAUUUCAUCAAUUUUCUCUAAUACACAUGUACCUACUACCCCAACGAGUGCGAUAAAUUUGCCUCUUCGUUGCAAUGUUUGCAAUGGUUCAAGAUUUGAAGCAUUUUCUGGUGCUAAUGAUCAGCAAGAUAGGAACUAUUACUGCGUAGACUGCGGUACAGUAGUCAACAACUUCAGAUAA